UAUCCCUUUCACCGGAAACUCACUCCUACGUACAUCUCCGACUAAAGGUUCACAAAACCGAAUUGUUAAUGGCGAAAGGAGGUAAAAAACUGAUGAAGCUCAAAUCAGUUUUGAAGAAGCUAAACUCCUUCAACACCAAGCCAAACCAGCCACCGGCUCCGGCCAAUCACGGUCGAUCCUCCGCUUUGAGUGCAUUUUCCUCGGAAGAACGCCACACUGUCUACGUUGGCAGUACACGGCGUCUGUACCACGUGAGCUCCGACGUCGUUAGUCAUCCACUCUUCCAGCAGCUAGCAGCAGUGGAUGGUGGAUGCGGCGGCGAGAACGGUUCGAUCGCCGUGUCGUGCGAGGUUGUCUUGUUCGAGCAUAUGCUUUGGAUGCUUGAGAACGCCAACGCUGACGAGUCAGGCCUGGAGUCGGUCCACGAACUCGUCGAGUUCUACUCCUGCUAACUCCUACAAUAAAUUAAUUAGGUGCCAAAUAUAUGUAAUUAAUGAUUUAUGUUUGUAUAUUCUAUACUUUGUAUACUUUACAGUCUUUUGUUAAAAUCUAUCCUUUUUACUGAGUGAUACAACAACCAAUGAAUAAAUAUUUCAAUAUGUAAACAUUGUCUUGAUUGUAAUAUAAAAAUGUUUGUUUUUU